CUUCAACUCACGCUACGCCAAAGCUAUUUUAGGCCUCGUCUUUCGCAAAAAUGAACCAUGAACAAUACCACCAACGUAUCGAAUUUGUCAAGUCACUUCUCCAAUUGAAUGACCUGGAGGCAAACAGCAUUGAUCCUGUUGAAUAUGACAUGAACACUCCAUUUCCAUACAACAAUUUCAUCUACCAUGUUACUCUUGCAUCACCCGUCAUUAAACCGAUAAACAUCAUAUCUCCACAAUCUGAUCAAAUCCAACCGGGGACCAUUCAAUUUCCAGAAAAUUCUACAUCGUUUAUUGUCCGACUGGCAAAUUCUGAUCCAAGAACAGGGAUGAAUAACACCAACCGCGUUGAAAAUGAAGUUGCCAUCAUGACUCUUGUCCGAGAGGCUCUAAAGAAAACAGAAUACAGUCACACCGUUCCAGAUGUAUACUCCUGGGCCAGCUUAACGAGUGGUCAAGGUUUCACCAUGCAACAAUAUAUGCCUGGAACCAACGCCGACCGAUUUUUUGAAGCCUUAAGUCUGCAAGAUAAAUCUAUUGUCCUUGGACAGAUGGCCGAUAUUCUCUCCUUGCUCCAGAAAUUUGAGAUCCCGAAAACAGUGAAGUUGUUCGGAGGCUUAAGCUUUGAUAAACAUGGGGAGGUAAUCAGUGCACAAACGUCGCUAUUCAAGGGAGAGCCAUCUGCAACCUACAUGGAUUUUAUUCGCGCUAUUUUCAAGGUUAAACUCCAGGAGGCUGAUGACAACCCAGUGAUGCAAGGUUGGAAAGAAAACGGGGUAAGGACAAGACUUGAGAAAUUCAUAGACUGUCAACUUGAGGAAAUUUUGAAAGGUUAUGAGCAAGACCAUAAAGUGCUUAUUCACGGCGAUUUUACGACGAAUAACAUGUUAUAUGACGCAACUACUCUUCAAGUGACUGCAAUAUUGGACUUUGACUUUUCAUACGUCGCAACUAUCGCAGAUGAAUUUGUGGGAUUUUCCUUUGGUAAUUUAUCAGGCGGCAAUCUUCCAGGACCGUUUGAAACCGGAAUCAACCUCAAUCUUCGCAAAGCGAUGCUCACAGGCUUUUCAACACCUUUUCCAAUUGCAGACAAUUCAGAAUUGCAGUGGGAUGUGGCAAAUGCAUGGGAUGAAGAGCUUGCACGAGCUGGUGCUGCAAAGCCUAGCACCAUCUCUCAUUUUGAAAACAUUGCAGACAUUUACUGGCUUCAGAAUAAAAUAAGUCCAUUUGAAUUGGAUAGCCCUGUCAUGAGGUCGAGAAAGACUGCAGAGCAGCUGAAAACAAUCAGGGAUGAGACAGAAAACAUGAUUAUCAGGUUUUUAGAUCGCAUGAAUUCAUCCUCAUAUGAUGAGUCUAGCAAUUAGCACCAAGUUAAUGAGAAAUAUAGAACUUAUAUCAUACUUC